UCAAUCUCUAUAAAUGAUUGGGAAAUUUAUACAACAAAGAAACCGAUUUUGAAUUCUGAUGAAAUUGAUAAAGAACAAGAAAGAUUAGGUAUACCUUUACCUGAAAUGAUUUUUGGUAAUAAUAAAGUUGAAAUUAAGAAUAAGGCGAAGAAUUUCCAUAUAUCUUUUAAUACACCAGAUGCUCUAAGUCUUGUUGAUACCACUGGUGAAAAUUUAUUACAAGUUUCUUAUUCAAAAGAAUGGUUUAGUACAAGAAGGACAAAUACUGAUGAUGUUAAAGGUAUAGUGAAACCUUUUGAUUGGACUUAUUCCACAACUUAUAGAGGUUCAUUAAUUGAAGGAUCUCAUGAUUUAAAAGAAACUUUGGAUUUGAACAUUCCUUUAAAUAAAUUGAAAAAACCUGAUCCAAUUUUAUUCUUUGAUGAUAUGGUUUUAUAUGAAGAUGAAUUAGGUGAUAAUGGUAUUUCAGUACUAAGUUGUAAAAUUAGAGUCAUGCCUGAAAGAUUAUUACUAUUAUCAAGAUUUUUCCUAAGAGUGGAUAAUGUUAUUUUCAGAGUUCGUGAUACAAGAAUUUAUAUUGAAUUUAAUGAAAAUUUAAUAAUAAGGGAAUAUAAAGAACAAGAGGCAAAUUAUCAAGAUGUUUUGAAAAAAAUUAGUCCAAUGACUGGUGAUCCAAGAGCUUUCCUUAGAGAUCAAAAUUGGAUUGCUUCAAAACUACCAGCUAUUAAAACAGUUGUGGAUUAUGCUACACUAUGA